CUCGGUUGGAUUUGGAUGUGUUGUGCUGGGAAGUUGGUUGACGAGUGAAUUUCGUAUUUUUACCAGAACGACGUGUCUUUUUGUGCGAUUUUAUGAAUGAUAGUAAAAUCCUAACAAUGCAAUGAAACUAAAUCCAAUAGGAUUCAACCUCCCUAGACCUAAUUCUGUGAGUGUUCGGGCGUAAAUGAAUAGCGAUUGUGGUCCAGAUAAAUUGUUUUUGGAUUUAUCUUGUUUCUCUUAACAGUUAUCAAGUGAUAAGAAACGAAAAAAUGAUGUUGUUGUGAAGUUAGUUUAUUCCCGUGUACUAGGAACCUGUGUCCUUUGCAAUCCCUUCGCUUCCCUGUCUGUUUACUUGAACAUCUCCCAAAAUGACAGCUCGUUCGUGCAUAGUUCUUGGAUUUAUUCUAGCCUUCAGCGGCCACGUAGCUGGACAUCUGAACCUCUACCUUAAUCUCCAUGAAGUGAUGCGAUUAUUAGGCGUCUCUGCCGAACUAUAUUACGUUCGCGACGGCUUAGUCAAUGACUACGCCCUGAAUUUCAUCGUUCCCAUUCCAGCUAAUGUUAAAGACAUCGCAUUCACAUGGCAGAGCCUAGCGGGUCGACCCUUACCUUACAACAUAAAUAUAGCAACAUCGGAUCCGGCAGUUCUUCCGCGGCCUACCCUCAACAUAUCACGAACGGGUGAUAUUCCAACUGAAAUUCAAACAUUUUCAAUUGCUAUGCGAUGCACAGGAAUUCGGCCGGCCGAAGUUGAAGUGACGAUCACAAUAGAAGUCACAUUGAAUCGCGCAACCAAUAAUGUAACGGAGCUGGUAUUUCGAAGGAAGAAAAUUUGCCUAGAUGCUGACGAAGAAGAGAAUAGUGUCGAUGAUCCAUUACUUUUAGAAACUGUGGUAGCACCUCAAAGCGGCAUAAUAACUCUAGUGAUUGGAGGAAUCCUCGCUAUCAUUUUAGUAUCUAUUUUAAUCUCUAUUGCCUACUGUGCCCGAGGCCCUUCGAAAAGGCAAAACCACGGAGGACAACCGAUGCGAACAUCAAGUUUCCAAAGGCUUCAAACGCAACCCCCAUCGAAUCCGCCUUCAGUAUACAUUUCUCCAUCAGUUAUACCCAUUCACCAUACAACACUGCCACGGCAAAGGGAAGGCCAGGAGCCAGAGGAACUUCACAGACGGAUUGCUGAGUUAACUGUUCAAAGGUGUCGAGUCCGUUUAUCAAGUCUUCUUCAAGAAGGAACAUAUGGUCGAGUUUAUCGAGGAAGCUACAACGACACUCAAGAGGUCUUAGUGAAAACUGUUGCGCAACAUGCUAGUCAAGUGCAAGUAUCGCUUCUGCUUCAAGAAGGGAUGAGCUUGUACGGAGCUUCGCACGCAGGAAUUCUAUCAGUUCUUGGAGUUUCCAUUGAAGACCAUACAACACCUUUCCUCCUCUACCCAGCUCAAAAUAAUACACGGAAUCUAAAACUAUUUCUACUUGAACCCGCUUGCUCGCGAUCAAUCACUUCGAUUCAAAUAGUGAUGAUGUCCUCACAAUUGGCCUCGGCUCUAGUUCAUCUUCAUAGCCACGGAGUUGUUCACAAAGAUAUCGCUACAAGAAAUUGCGUUAUUGACGAUUCACUGCGAGUUAAGCUAGCAGACAGCUCCCUGUCCCGAGACUUAUUCCCAUCAGACUAUAAUUGUCUGGGCGAUAGCGAGAAUCGCCCGAUUAAAUGGUUGGCGCUUGAAGCCCUACAGAAAAAGCAAUUCUCCGAAGCCAGCGAUGCAUGGGCAUUUGGUGUACUCAUGUGGGAGUUAUGUACGUUCGCCAAACAACCAUACAACGAAGUUGAUCCUUUCGAAAUGGAGCAUUAUUUACGGGAUGGAUAUCGACUGGCACAGCCAUAUAAUUGCCCUGACGAAUUAUUCACCAUCAUGGCUUAUUGUUGGGCGCUUUUGCCGGUCGAACGGCCAACAUUCGCACAAUUGCAAGUUUGCCUAUCCGAUUUUUAUACUCAGAUAACUCGUUACGUUUAGUUUAGUGUCUACGAUUGAAACGAACAUAGCUAGUAGAAUGGAACUCAUAUUGCAAAUCGUGUAGCCAAGUUGAAAACGAACUCUAUUAUAUGAAAUCAUGUAAUGUUUUACAAAGACCGAUUACCGUUCUAGAUUAAGUAGUCAUUAGGAAGUGCAUACUGUAUCGUGUAGGAGUCUAUGUUACGUAGAGCGUCGAGCAACGCAAUGCACAGACUAGAAGCCCUAGGGAAGAGUAUUGUUGUGCAAUCAGCGGCUAGCAACGCUUCAUUCCUGCAAACUCAUCACAAUUUUUUCGUAUCCAUGUUCCAUAAAUUCGCCUGAAUCCACGAGAUAGAAGUCUGAGUUAUUUGAAAUUAACAGCAGAAUGAUUUCGUUACACAGUAACAUUUUUUGCUUGAAACCCCGCAAAUUCAAAUGCUUCACAAUAACAACAAAUGCAAAAGGAAUACUUUACUCCGGACUUUAUUUUUAAGUAGUCAUCGUUUCACACUCUGUACACUUGAUUCAAGUGCCAAGCAACUCAGUUAACCAUUGCAUUUACCUAGUGCUAGCGAGAAGGCCGCUAAGAGAGACGUCAGCCGUGUGCAUCGCUCCGAGGAAAGGACCUACAAAAGCUUUAAUAUUGUAGUUAACAAGCUCCAAUUAAUAUGUACAGUUACUAAACCAAUUACUCCUAUAUAUAAGAUCAUAUUCAUUAGCAGCCUCACUUUGUCCUCUGUUGCAAGUGUCCUUCCUUACGAUGCAUGCGCUCAUAGACCGGCAAUCGUGCUUAGUUGCUUUUUCGUCGCCAGCAAGCCGAAAAUGAGAUUUUAUCAAAGACUUAUAAUUGUAAAUAGUUUGUUUUUGUACAAUAUAAACGAAGUAGGGUGUAGUUGAUUAGACGUUUAAGUAGUGAAUAACCAAAUACCGUGUUUAGUACAUACAUCAAAGGAAGAAGUCUAGAUGUAAAGAUGUUUGAUGAAAUGCGUAUAUAUAUUGCCGUAUUUAUAAUGAAAUAAAAAAGUAUUUAAUGUCGAAAUGGAA